CGUUCAACACGUCUGACUUGCAGCCUUUGUCUCUCUCUUAAACAAACAAAAAAAAAACUUUACUUUUAAUCCAAACCCCCCAGAAGAAAAAAAAACCUCUGAAACCAUUCGUCCAUGGAGUCGAUCAGCUCAAAACCAAGAAACCUCCUUCCUCUGCUCAUCAUCUUCCUCUGCUACUCCCCUGCUCUGACAUCCGACGAAGACGACAUAAGAUGCCUACGAGGAAUCCACACCUCUCUCACCGACCCUCACGGCUUUCUCAAAUCAUGGAACUUCGCGAACACCACCGUCGGAUUCCUCUGCAGCUUCGCCGGCGUCUCCUGCUGGAACAACCAAGAAAACAGAGUCCUCAACCUCGAGCUCAGAGACAUGUCUCUCUCCGGUCAAAUCCCCGACUCUCUUCAAUUCUGCAGGAGCUUACAGAAGCUAGACCUCUCCGGCAACCGGUUAACCGGUUCCAUCCCUCGCCGCCUCUGUUCUUGGCUACCGUUCUUGGUCUCUCUCGAUUUGUCCAACAAUCAACUAAACGGCGAGAUUCCUCCCGAGUUAGCUGAGUGUAGGUUCGUGAACUCUUUGGUUCUCUCUGAUAACCGGUUAUCCGGUCAAAUCCCGGUUCAGUUAUCCUCUCUAGGUAGACUAGUCACCUUCUCUGUUUCCAACAAUAAGCUCACAGGUCGCAUUCCUUCUUUCUUCACCUCGCCGAGUUACUCCUCUGAUGAUUUCAACGGGAACAAAGGUCUCUGCGGUCGUCCUUUGUCUUCUUCCACCACCUGUGAUGGAGGGUUAAGCAAGAAGAAUCUCGCUAUUAUAAUCGCAGCUGGUGUGUUCGGCGCUGCUGUAUCGAUUGUUGUUUGGUGGUAUUAUUACUAUUAUCAUACAAGCAGUUUAACGGAAGAAGAAAGAGUUAGUAGUUUGGCGCAGAGGCUUAGAAUCCAUAAGCUCGUUCAGGUCUCUCUGUUUCAGAAGCCUUUGGUUAAGGUUAAACUCGGUGACUUGAUGUCUGCGACUAAUCACUUCAGCUCUGAGAACGUGAUCGUUAAAACUAGAACGGGGACGACGUACAAGGCGCUUCUCCCCGACGGCUCGGCGCUCGCGGUGAAGCAUCUGAGGGGGUGUAAGCUCGAGGAGAGGGAGUUUAGGCACGAGAUGAAUCGGCUGUGGGAGCUGCUGCGUCACCCUAACGUAGCGCCGCUUCUUGGUUUCUGCGUUGUGGAAGAUGAGAAGUUUCUUGUUUACAAGUACAUGUCCAACGGGACGCUGAAGAGGCUGUUGGAGUCUGGUGCGUUUGAGUUAGAUUGGUCUACUCGGUUUAGGAUCGGUUUAGGUGCUGCGAGGGGUUUAGCUUGGCUUCACCAUGGAUGUCGCCCUCCUAUACUUCACCACAACGUUUGCUCGAGUGUGAUUCUCGUCGAUGAAGAUUUCGACGCGAGGAUAGUAGAUUCAGGGCUUGCAAGGCUUAUGAACAACAACAACAACGAGAGCAGAUUCAUGACUGGUGAGUUAGGAGAGUUUGGUUAUGUGGCUCCUGAGUAUUCCACCACGAUGGUAGGUUCGUUAAAAGGUGAUGUGUAUGGACUCGGUGUUGUCCUCUUGGAGUUGGCUACAGGGGUGAAAGCUCUUGGAGGUGGUGAAGGCUUCAAAGGGAGUUUGGUUGAUUGGGUGAAACUGCUUGAAAGCUCUGGAAGAAUGGGUGAUGCGUUCGAUGAGGACAUUAGAGGGAAAGGGAAUGAUGAAGAGAUCUUGAAGUUUGUUGAGGUUGCUUGUCACUGUGUGGCUCCAAGGCCUAAAGAGAGAUGGUCUAUGUUUCAGGCGUAUCGGUCGCUGAAAGCUUUGGCUGAGAAACAAGGCUACUCGUUCACAGAACAUGAUGAUGACUUCCCUUUGAUUUUUGACACACAAGAGAACUAGACUGUGUGAAGUAACCUGUGAUGGCCAGGGUUUAGUGGAUCUCAUUAUCUUUGAGGUAUUAUUAUUAUUAUUAUUUGUUGUACUACUUUCCACUGCUAAUUUAGAUGAAAAAUGUAUGUGUAGACUAUGUUUAUUGUAAAAAAACAAAAAAAAACUUGUGUAUAUGCUAUGUUCUUCUGUCAAAGUCUUAAGAAAUGUUAUGUUGCUUUGGUGUUUAA